CGCAUGCACGUGGAGGUCAGCUGUAGCCGGCUGGCCACUUGCACCCCGCCAUCUUGGCCUCCGCCCGCCCUCUGCCGCCUCUCGGGUGCCCUGGAUGGUUACCAUGGAGAACGAGCAGCUGCCAGCCCCCCCUCCGACCAGCAGCGCCACGGCAGGCACGGCCACCAGCAAUGGACGCCAGGCAGGGCCACAAAUCUCUGUGUACGGAGGGAUCCCCGAUCGCCAGACCGUUCAGGUGAUCCAGCAGGCCUUGCACCGCCAGCCCAACACAGCCGCACAAUACCUGCAGCAGAUGUAUGCCGCCCAGCAGCAGCACCUCAUGCUCCAGACGGCAGCCCUGCAGCAGCAGCACCUCAGCAGCACCCAGCUCCAGAGCUUGGCUGCCGUCCAGCAGGCAAGUCUGGCAGCCAACAGGCAGAAUACCUCGUCCAGCAGCAAUGGUCCCACGCAGACACCGCCUCAGCAGUCCACGAUAAACCUGGCGACAUCCCCAGCUGCCGCCCAGCUCAUCAACCGGGCCCAGGGCGUGAACUCAGCAGCCGCCUCUGGCAUAGCCCAGCAAGCCGUACUCCUGGGCAACGCCAGCAGCCCCACCCUGACUGCCAGCCAGGCCCAGAUGUACCUGCGGGCUCAGAUGGCUCAGCAGAGUAACCUUGUGCAAGUAGCUAGGAGCCUAGGCCGUGCUCUCCCUCUCUCCCCGCAGCUCAUCUUCACGCCCACGGCCACGGUUGCUGCGGUGCAGCCCGAGGGGGCCACCACCACCCAGCCAUCCACCACCACAGCUCAGGUACAGAACACAUCUCUCCGCACCCAGCAGGCAGCCGCUCAGGGGCUGGCUCCCUCCCUGAGCCAGCAGCUCCCCACGUUGGCCAUGAAGCCCACCCUGAGCAACAGCAGCCACUCCACCUCCUCUCCGGCUUCUCAGGGCAAGACGGCUGGGCAGGCUCCCGGCGGCAAGGCGGGCAUCUCCGAACACGCCCCGGAGCAUCUUAGGAAAGGAGAUGGGGGUGGCGGAGGUGGCAGCAGCGGGGGAGCUGGGAAUCUGGAUGGACGGGGUGGCUCCACAAACCGGACGGUGACCUCCUCCACGACUCACCCGCUCAUUGCCCCAGCAUAUUCCCAGCUACAGACCCACCAGCUGUUGCAACAGCAGAAGCCAAUCCAGCACCAGUUUGUGAUCCAGCAGCAGCACUCGCAUCAACCCCUCCAGCCCAGGCCUCCACAGCUGCAGGUCCCCCCUCCACCGACCCCCAGCCUCGGGGCGCCCCCCAGCCUGCAAGCCCAAGGACCCUCACAGAACCAGGCCCCCGCUACCAGUCUGCCAGCCUGCCAGGCCCCCAGCCAGCACAAGCCGGCUGCCAGCCAGCCCUCACAGCAGCACACCCCGCAUCCCCCUGGACCCCCAGCGAUGGGGGCCCAGAGGCUGGAAGGUGGCUCCCCAGCCAGACCAGCUGGCUGCCCCAGCCACGCCGGCCAGCGCAAGUUCCAGCAUGCUUCGGCCGUCAUCCUGCAACUGCAGCCAGCUGUUGGGACGCCGCCACUCAGCAACCAGGAGAAUUCCAGGAAAGACCCGUUUCCUGCAGAGAAGCCCCCGGCAGAGUCACGGGUCGCCCAGCCCCUACUCCCACCCCAGGGCGCCUUGACGACGCCACCCCUGGCGGCCCCUCCUGAGCAGCAGGCCUCUGAGGGCACUGGGACCACCCCGCCCCACGAGGCCGGCCGGGACAGCCUCCGCCGCACGCCUCCGGACGCCCCCGGCAGCCCCGGCAUGACAUCGGGGAACAACGGCAGCUCUGCCUCCACCGUCGCCGGCGCCCCCCAGAACGGUGAGAACAAGCCGCCCCAAGCCAUCGUGAAGCCGCAGAUCCUGACCCACGUCAUCGAGGGGUUUGUGAUCCAGGAGGGGGCCGAGCCGUUCCCGCCGUCAGUCGAGCGUCCGCCCUCCCCUCGUCCUGCGGGGCCAAGGCCACCCGGGUCUCCAUGGAAGAAGAGAAGGGGGAGGGGGCUGCCUUCCAAGCUGCCUUUCGCCGACUCCCUUGUCGAAGCACCUCCCUCGCCCAUCUCUCCUUCGCUGGAGGUGGGGCGCUCUUCGCUGCUGGUGGGGAGCCUCAAGCAGAAGUAUGCCCAGGACCUCCUGGCCGAGAAACCCCAGCACCAGGACAACAACACAACCACCACCACCGACUCCGAAAUGGAGGACCCCUAUCUACAAGAAUCCAAAGACGACGGGUCACCCCCAAAGCUGAAGUGCGAGCUCUGCGGCCGCCUUGACUUUGCCUACAAGUUCAAGCGGUCAAAGCGGUUCUGCUCCAUGGCCUGCGCAAAGAGGUACAACGUGGGUUGCACAAAGCGUGUGGGGCUCUUCCACCCAGACCGCAGCAAGCUUCAGAAGCCCAACACGCCUCCACAUGGCCGACGUCGGACCUGCAAGGGCUCCCUUCCCCCUCUCAGCAAAGAGAACAAGAAGCAGCUGGCUCAUGCGCAGGAGGACUCCAGCCGCUGUUCGGACAACUCCAGCUACGAAGAGCCCCUGUCACCUCUCUCGGCCAGCUCCUCCGCCUCCCGCCGGCGCCAGGGCGAGCGCGACAUGGAGCUGCCCGAUGUGCACGUCCGAGACCUGGUGGGCAUUGGGCACCACUUCCUGCCCAGCGAGCCCACCAAGUGGAACGUGGAGGACGUCUACGAGUUCAUUCGGUCCUUGCCCGGUUGCCAGGAGAUUGCGGAGGAGUUCCGGGCACAAGAGAUCGACGGCCAGGCCCUGCUGCUCCUGAAGGAGGACCACCUCAUGAGCGCCAUGAACAUCAAACUGGGCCCAGCCCUCAAAAUCUACGCCCGCAUCUGUAUGCUGAAAGACUCCUAGAGGCCUUCAGGCCGGGGCGGGUGGGAGGCCCUGCUGGCAAAUGGAUGCUUUCUUUCUCGGAGGCUUGGAAGGGCUGGGAACAAAAUGGGACUCUGCUUUCUUCUGCCUCCCACCCUUCACAAUGCGACUUGAGCACAGAGGCAACACCCCCAGCCUCCCUCGACGACGGGAGGGGCGUGGAGAGACCCCAAUUUGGGUGGGAUGUCCGUAGGCUAAAGCCGUUGCGGGGCUGUACAUAAAUAUGUAGCGUUAGCUUCCCCCCUGCAGCAAUGGAGAGUCGUGAAACCUUGUUUUUUAGUGGUGGGGGCGACGACCCUCUUCCUCGCCCUGGAAGCUGCUUCUCCUGCGUCCCAGAGACCCCCACCCUCCCAGGAUCGGACACACCUACUUGAAACCUCAAAAGCCAAACAGGACCAUUGCCUUAAAAUUUUUUGUAGGCGUGUGUGCGUGCGUGUGUGGUGCCAGGUAGUGCCCUCUUUGUUUCCUCCUCCCUCCGUGCACCCUUUCCUCUUCUGCUAUAUCUUUUCCAAGGCACAGUGGGGGAAGCAGCUCCCCUGUUAGAUCUCCGAUUCCUGUGGGGGAUCAUGCAGGAGCAGAGGGGAUCUCCGUCCAGUCUCGCGGGGGUGUAUUGCUCCCCUCACACUGUUUUGCUUUGGUUUUUUUUUAAAAAAAACAUUUUUUUCAAGGGGAGGAGUAAGUAGCCAGCCACAAGUCGUGCAAACUGGCUGAUGUCCAGGACUACCGGGGAGGCCUCUAUUCUGAUUUGGGACCAGGUCUGCAGCUGCCUUAAAAAUUUAAAUUUAAAUAAAAGGCCCUUUUGGCCCCUGCCACAAACACCUCAAACCCCCCCCCCCCCGUUCUCCCCCUCCCAUAUCAUCAAGGCAGGGCAGGAGGAGCCGGCUCUCUCCCUGGAAGAUGGGGCUGGCCUCAGGAUUGUUGGAGAGUGGGUGGGCUUUUUCCUCAGGUGAUCAGGAACUGGGGGGAGUGGGAUUGCAGCUGAGCUGCAUCCCCCCUGCCCCCUUUGACGGUUUGUGUGUGGCGCCCCCGCUUCGUGCUGGCCACUCGCCACAGCCUCUGGGCUGCAAGCAAAAGGACUUUCUACUGUUGCCCCCCCCUCCUGUUUUUAAUAAACGCCUUUUGGAAUUAAAAAGAAAGA